UUUAGUCACAGCGGCGGCUCGGUGGCCGCGGGCGGGACGCGGUGCGGCGCCGCGGGCUGCCGGGGUCGGCGAGCAGCGGCGCCGCGUCCCGGCGCCCUCUGGCCGAGAAACUUUUCCGCGGGCGCCCGGCAGGGGGCACGGGGACAGGAGUCUUCAAGAUGAAUACCACAGCCAUUAGCCCACUCACUGUUACUCCACUAGGUUUUGUUCCAGACUUAAAAAAUGCCACCCUUGUGCCUUUCAAUGAGACUGCAUGUGAAAACUGGAGAGAGAUUCAUCAUCUUGUUUUCCACGUGGCAAAUAUUUGUUUUGCAGUUGGACUAGUUAUUCCAACUACUCUGAAUCUUCAUAUGAUUUUUCUACGAGGCCUGCUGACCAUAGGAUGUGCAUUGUUCAUCAUUUGGGCUACACUCUACCGUUGUGCCUUGGACAUAAUGAUUUGGAAUUCUGUUUUUUUGGUUGUCAACCUUUUACAUUUUAUAUAUCUACUGUAUAAGAGAAGACCGAUCAAGAUAGAGAAGGAGCUUAGCAGUCUCUACAAGAGAAUGUUUGAACCACUCCAUGUGCCUCCAGAGCUGUUCCAAAGAUUAACUGGACAAUUCUGCAAUAUUCAGACUUUAAAGACAGGUCAAGCUUAUGCUGCAGAGGAUAAAACAUCAGUUGAUGAUAGACUAAGCAUCCUACUGAAGGGGAAAAUGAAGGUCUCUUAUAGAGGGCAUUUUCUGCAUAAUAUUUACCCCUGUGCCUUUAUAGAUUCUCCUGAAUUUCGAUCAACUCAGAUGAAUCGGGGUGAGAAAUUCCAGGUCACCAUUAUUGCAGAUGAUAACUGCAAGUUCCUGUGCUGGUCCAGGGAAAGACUGACUUAUUUUCUGGAAUCUGAGCCAUUUCUUUAUGAGAUCUUUAGGUAUCUUAUUGGCAAAGAUAUUACAAAUAAACUCUACUCGUUGAAUGAUCCAACCUUAAAUGACAAGGCCUCAAAAAAGAUUGAUCGACAGCCUAGUCUUUGCUCGCAACUCUCCGUGAUGCAGAUGAGAAACAGCAUGGCCAGUACCAGUGACAGUGAGGAUGGCUUACAGAUGUUUCUCCGUGGGACUUCCUCUGCGUCCUCUCUUCGCCCAGGUCGGACCUCUCCCUACCCGAGAACUUCAGCAAAAAUGAAGCCAAUAGAAGAAAGUGUGGAAGAUGAUGUCUUUGAAGAACCAUCUGCUGAUCACCUUGAAGUCCGGCGUCUGCCUUAAACAGACAUGUCCUUGGAUAUACAAGAGCUUGUACAAAACUUGAAUGCAAGAGGAAGAAGCUUAAUUUGGAAAGAAUCUGAAAGCUAAAAUCAUCUUUUUGUGUUUGAAUUUACCACAGCAUAUGUCGGUGACAUUUAGACAGAAUGUCACAUUUUAUUUUACUUCUAAAUAAAAAAAAAAAUCUGA